UGAAUUUUAUUUUGCAGUGUUGACAGAAAUAAAUAUCAAAUACAUAUUCCACUACCUCCUAAAAUUGAUCCCACAGUUACAAUGAUGCAGGUAGAGGAAAAACCAGAUGUGACAUACAGUGAUGUUGGAGGAUGCAAAGAACAAAUUGAUAAACUUAGAGAAGUUGUGGAAACACCAUUAUUACAUCCAGAGAAAUUUGUAAACCUUGGAAUUGAACCUCCUAAAGGAGUUUUGUUAUUUGGACCACCUGGAACAGGAAAAACUUUGUGUGCCAGAGCAGUUGCCAAUCGAACUGAUGCUUGUUUUAUAAGAGUUAUUGGAUCAGAAUUAGUUCAGAAAUAUGUAGGAGAGGGUGCUCGAAUGGUGAGAGAAUUAUUUGAAAUGGCCAGAAAUAAAAAAGCCUGUUUAAUUUUCUUUGAUGAAAUUGAUGCAAUUGGAGGAGCAAGAUUUGAUGAUGGUGCAGGAGGAGAUAAUGAAGUCCAGAGAACUAUGUUAGAAUUGAUUAAUCAGUUGGAUGGAUUUGAUCCAAGAGGCAAUAUUAAAGUACUUAUGGCUACUAACCGGCCAGACAUACUUGAUCCUGCCCUUAUGAGACCUGGUCGAUUAGAUCGUAAAAUUGAAUUUGGUUUACCAGAUCUUGAGGGUCGUACUCAUAUAUUCAAAAUACACGCUCGUUCAAUGAGUGUAGAACGAGACAUCAGAUUUGAUCUCUUAGCUCGUCUUUGUCCCAAUAGUACAGGUGCUGAAAUUCGUAGUGUUUGUACAGAAGCUGGCAUGUUUGCAAUUCGUGCAAGACGUAAAGUAGCAACUGAGAAAGAUUUCUUAGAAGCUAUCAAUAAAGUUAUUAAGUCUUAUGCAAAAUUUAGUGCAACACCACGUUACAUGACUUACAAUUAAAAUAUUUAUUAUAUAAGAAAUAAUGGGGGAGUAGAAUUCUUUUUAUAAACAAAUAAUUCUUGUAAAUAUGGUUUGCUUUCAAAUAAAUCUUUUAAA